AUUUUGUCAGGAGCAUCGGCGCCGCGAGGAAGAGUUCCUGCUGAUUCCCGUGCGGGCAGCGUCGAGAUGGUGAAGCCGUUCAUCGGAAACCUGCCCCGGGAGGCCACAGAGCAGGAGAUCCGCACACUCUUCGAGCAGUACGGGAAGGUGCUGGAAUGUGACAUCAUUAAGAACUCCAGCUUUGGGCACAUAGAGGACAAGACAACGGCAGAAGAUGCCAUCCGCAACCUGCACCACUACAAGCUGCACGGGGUGAACACCAGUGUGGAAGCCAGCAAGAAUAAGAGCAAGACCUCCACAAAGUUACAUGUGGGCAGCAUCAGUCCCACUUGUACCAACAGAGAGCUUCCGUCCAAGUUUGAAGAGUAUGGUCAUGUCGAAUGUGACAUCGUGAAAGAUUACGCCUUCGUACACAUGGAGCGGGCAGAGGACAUGGUCGAGGCCUUCAGGGGCCUCGACAACACAGAGUUUCAAGGACCUAUGGACUGUAGGCCAGUGACGCUGCUGAACAUCCUGCAGGAUAAGCUCACCUGCCCCCACGAAGUUAUCCAGUCCCAAAUGUCAGUAGUACCAAGGCUGAAACCCUCUUCUAGGUGA